GAAUUAGUUAAUAUAGCCAUGCAUGUCCGUUGCUCUCGCUCCCCCGCGCUGACCUCAAUUGCCCUGACUGCAAAAUAGAGGCAAACUUCCCCGUCGCGUUUCCCUUUUCCUCACUUAUACUUUUUCCAUCUUAUUACGAUGGCUUCCUAACAGUCCUUGUCCGCGUUCUUCUGUCCUACGGGGGUGAUUCCGCCAGGUCUCUAUGCCAUCACCGAAUAAGAUCGAGGAUCCAUGUCAGGAAUGUCGUGACCGCCAUCUCAAAUGCGACAACAAUUUUCCGAAAUGCAAACAAUGUGAACGUUCCGGGGAGAGGUGUCGGCGCGGAAACGGCAAGCUCAAGUUUCGGGUCGGCUCCAGCGCAAGAUACGAUGCCUCCUUUUCCAAAGAUCAAACAUGGCUCGAGCAGACCAAGAAUGCAAAGUUCCAAUUCGUCGACCAAGGCCCAGAGUUGGAAAACUACUACUCCCAGGACGACAUCGUGGUGACUAGUACCAAAGCAAAUGCCCAAGACGAGAGACAGGAAAAUGCCGCUGGGCCACCCAAGCGCCUCGAGUCAUCAGUCGAGGCCGAGCUGUCCCCAACAGUUCGCAGCGCCCCCUCUACCGAUCUGCCUCCUUUCUUAUCGCCCUUCAACGCAAACAAUGAAUCAGUCUUGGUGCAUUCUCCCAUAAAACGGAGAAGAACUGCAGACGCGAUCUCGCCAGAAUAUCAGACCCACCCCAACCGAUUGCCCAACGCUGCCUACGACCCCAUUCGGUCUCAAUAUCGCAUCUACGACUUUCCCAAAGUCUUUAGCUCUACCAGCGCGGACGGCUUUCCGUAUAUGCCCGAACAACAUCAAGUCCCCAAAGUAGUCGAGGCGGAGUACCGUCGCCUGGCAGAUUCAGCGGCGGCUACCAUCCCAGAAGACCCAUUGCUAUCUCCUGCCAUCUGGAAAGAAGAGUUCUACUGGCCGAACCAAUAUACCACCACACAAUGUGCUUGCUUGAUGCGAUACUACAUUGAAAACCUCGCGCCAUGGUUUGACGUGGGAGACCCAGCCAGACACUUCACACUGGCCGUUCCCCAACGUGCCAGGCGAAAUCCUCCGCUACUGAAUGCCAUUUUUACCCUGGCAGCAAGGCACCUUGCUUCGCUCCCUCGGUUUAAGACGGCUGACGGUGUGAUCCAGUAUCAGAACAUUCUCCUUCCCAAAUUGACCGAGGACACUGCUGUCAAAUAUCACAAUGCGUGUAUUGCGUACCUCAUCAAACUGUCCAGCGACCCAGAGCAUGUACGAGAUGAGGAUCUACUUGCUGCCGCGGUCAUUUUGCGCUAUUAUGAAGAGAUUGAUCCGUCACUUACGAACGAAGACAGCAAGACCCUCAUUCAUACCUUUCAACUAUUUGCCAACGCUCAAGCGAAUCCUUAUGCUUACAUGAUGAACGACGACAAACAUCCUGAGUAUCUUAGACCGGGAUCUGCUGUCGGCUUGUUUGAAAACGCCCUCGCUUACUUGAAAAGCUUUCAACAUGCUUCGUUUCGAGUUGCCCUGCGUCAAGAGUUGACAAUUGCCUUUCUGAGGCAAAGGCCUGUCCGGUUACCUCUAGAAACAUGGACCAUCCUGCAAGGUUUUGACGAAGCGGAGGACUUCAUCUGGUCCGACCGACAUCUCUACCACUGUGCCAAAGUUCUACAAUUUUGCUUUGGUGGUGAUGGCGGCACGGGCAAGACGCAGAUCGAACAAUGGAAUGAGCUUCGAAACUUUGAGAUACAAUGGGACCAAUUCAAGCCGUUGUCGUUUGCGCCUAUCCAUUAUCAGGUGCCUGACCGCUCCAAGGGGGAAUGUCUUCCGCACAUAUGGUACAUGGCGGAGGUACACGCUACCGGAUUAUUGGCUCUGGACCUGGCUAGGAUUUUAUUGACCGUGUACAACCCAAACAUCCCACGAAUCGGGCCCGGGGUAACAGCAGCUCAGAAGAGGAUUGCGGAUGAAGUGCAUGAUAUAGUGAUUCAACUCUGCGGGACUGCAAUGUCUCUGGGUGGGACAGCAGCAUCAAAUGCUUCCUCUCAGCCUGCGAUGGUUCAGGCGUACAUGGCGGUUGUUGUUUGCGGAGAGUACUUUUCGGAUCCCCUUGAACAACGCGCGCUGAUGGGUAUCUUGGACAGGCUGAGGGGCGAACACGGCUGGCCCACCGGCAAAACUGCUAUGCAACUGAAAAGGGAAUGGGGAUGGAUCUGAUGGAUUUGGAUGGCUUUUUAUACCCGGUGUUAUCUGGUUGUCUUCUUAGGCCACAUGCGAGCACUUUUGGUUGGGGGAACCGUUCUUGCCAGAACAAGGACCACAUGGGAAAUUACGGUAUGGACGAGGGUAUCACACACGCAACGGACAUGGACAUGUCUGAAUGAUCGGGGUUUUAAUUGAGGAACAUGCGAGGAAAGACCCAUAUCUUAUCGCAUCCUCUCGACGCGUGCGAGUCGAGCGCUUGCAUCAGCAGCGCUGAUGUCUGUCUGACUUGCAGCAGAAUACGCCUGGACGAGUUGAGAGUUGAGAAACUGAGACUGUCGUAGAUAGGAGCUCCGACCGCAGGAAGCCCCGGCGUAUUCAUGGGAGAAAAGGGAUGAUAGCUCACCAAGUAUGGAGCCCGUUCUGGCAAGCCUGAACUUCCCUAAUUACAGAGCACCAGCAGCAAGAAUGAGGG